AUGCUAUUUAUUCUCACUAUUUUAUUUAGGCUUUCACUGUCACAUUUACCGAACGAUACAAUCGAAGAGGCGCCUCCGUCAAUUGCAAAGUUCUCAUCGAAUAUUCUCAGAGAUUUCGAGACACAAUCAAGGUUCUCAAUAGUUCAGACAGAGUUCGAAAAACUCAAGCCGGAUAUCAAAUCAAAAAAGGAAGAUGCAGCGGAAAAGCUACGUGAAGCAACGGAACAUCUCGAUCGACUUGUCAGCAGCAGAGUCCAGGCACUCAAGAAAUUGGCGUCGAGUGCCGAAGCAUCGGCAGCGGUUUUCGAUGAAUAUGAUGAUCAGGCGUACGCUGUGCCCCAAUCUGACAAGAGAUGUGAAGCGUAUAUGAAGAAGAUGAAUGAGUCUGAUAUGCAUUUCGUAUCGAAUAUGGUGGAACAAAACUCAAAGUCUGGAAUUCAUAUUACAGUUGAAUCAUAUCAAUGUGAUCCACGUGUAAUGAGAGAUUUCGAUUGGACUGGAACCAAGUUUAUAGAGAAAACGAUGACCGAGAAUAAAGAAAAAGAUCCAGAUAUGGGACAGCAGUAUAUAGGAACGUAUUCGGGAUUGACGAGAAUGUAUCCGAGAAGACACUGGAAAGUAGAACCUGCUCCCAUCACAAUCGAUCUUUUCGAUCCAAGAUUUCGUCCGUGGUUCGUCAAUGCAGAAUCCGUUCCAAAAGAUAUUGUCUUUCUACUUGAUUAUUCCGGAAGUGUGAAAGGACCCACUAUGCAUCUCAUCAAGAUUACAAUGAUGUAUAUUCUUUCGACUUUGAGCCCAAAUGAUUAUUUCUUCGGGGUGUAUUUCAAUAAUCAUUUCAAUCCGAUCAUCAGUUGUGCAAAUCGAACUUUUAUGCCGGCAACAACAAGUAAUAAAAAAGUAUUUUUCGAAGAAUUAGGGAUGUUGGAAGAGAAAGAUCAAGCACAUUUCUCUACACCUUUGAAGUUUUCAUUGGAUGUUUUGAGAGGGAACCUCGAUUCCAACCAGUCUCUAUUUGCCGAUUAUCGAUCAGAAGGUCACAAACUUCUUAUAAUUUUCACCGAUGGAGUAGAUGAAUGGCCACACCAGAUCCUAGACGAAGAAUUCCAGACUAGAAAUAGUGAAUUGAUUAGAAUAUUCGGAUUCUCAAUGGGUUACGGUACCAGUCUUCUUCCUCUUCAACAGUAUAUGGCAUGUAAAUCUCAUGGAGGAUAUUCAGAAAUCGAUUCAAUAAUGGAUGUGAAACCUCAAUCAAGAACAAUUCAAAAUGUGUUGAGUGAAGUGAGAGGAGACGAGUUGAAAGGGACGAAAGCUGAGAAAAGAGAACCUAGUUGGACUCAACUGUACAUGGAGACUCAAGGAUCUGGACCUACCGUAACCUUGUCGUUGCCAAUUUUGACAAGUGAUCAGAGAAUAUGGAGAGAUCAGAGUCUUGCAGGAGUUGUUGCAAUCGAUAUCUCCAUAAAAGAACUUACGAAACAUUUACCAACAUCCAGUGAGCAAAUGUAUGGAUAUAUUGUUGACAAUAAUGGAAUGCUUAUAUAUCAUCCGCAGCUUCAGAUUCCGAAAACCGAAGUUCAUUGUGUCCGUCGAAGUGCCUGUUAUGAUGCUCAACAAGUGAAACAGAAAGCUGGAUCUGGUCUUCGUGUUCACUAUGGAUUCAGUGAUGAACGAGUUUAUAGACUAGUUGGAUUGAUAGACAGUAUCCCUACUCUUGAUAUGUAUGAUCUGGAAGGUGAUUCAACUGCAAUCAGGGAUUUGAGACGGAGAAUCACAACGAAAACGUGUUAUGAGGAGGCAAUCAAAGAUGAUACCAAAGAGUUCCAUUGCGCUCAUAUCAAAGACUCUCCGUUCACUGUUGUCAUAGUCAAUAAUCAAGAGUUGAAAACUGUUUACUAUGACGAUGAAGUGCCUGAUCUCGAGCUCUCCAAUAAUAAAUUGGUCACAUUUUUCUAUCCGAGACGAGACGUCUGUCAAUGGAAACUUGAUGAAUAUCAACCGUACGACCGAUUCAGAGUGUGGUCUGAUAUUUCUGACAAGGAAAUUUGUGCUCAAGAUGACAUGAGACUGGCAAGAGCGUUCACGAAGGCUUUGGGAAGUUGGACUCAAUCAUGGCCUCAGUCUGACAUAGAACACACAACUUGCCUUCUCGUACAAUUCCCUGACAACGCUUCGAUCCCACACUACGUGAACAGUUUCGUUCACACUCGAUCUAAACUCACUGCUUUCUAUCCGACAUGCUCAAGCCACGACAUGAAAGCAGUCAACAAGAAGUUCGACGAGGAAAUCAAAGUAACGGAUAACAACGAUUUCAUCCAGUUCUCAAUGAGAUCCGGAAGUCUUUUGAUCUACCGAACCAUUGCUGAUUACGAAAAUAAUCGGUUAGCAGUUGUGGGAACUCAAUGGAAGGAAAACUAUUUUGAUCAGUAUUUUGACAAUUUCACAAGACAACAUUCAGAUUGGAAAGUAUGCAGGAAGCAAGAAUGCUCAAUUAUCACUAGAAAUGGUCAUGUCAUCGCUUCAUCUGCCAACCGACAGCCAGCUCAUUUGGCAACUUUCGAUCCUCAACUUUUUGAAUCUCUCAUCAAAAUUAACCUCGUUUCUACAAACUCCUGGGUUGAUGUUCAAUCUGAAUGCAAAGCAAAACGAAUUGCUCCAUGGAGUAGUGCAGCUCCUGCAUCCAGCAGCAUUCUUCGUUAUUUCGUUAACUCACUAUUCAAAUUUGCACAAACUUCUUUCUGGAAGAACCUUCUAGAAUCAGCAUUCACUCUGGUAGAUGCUCAACCAUCGAUGUCUGGAAAGACGUGUACUUUUCAAAAAAUCAAGCCAUUCGAACGGUGUUUCAUGAAAUUUUUCCAUUAUCGAAUGACUCUGAAUAUCACAAAACAACUUCAACUAACAGGAAUGUCUACGUGUUCAAGAUAUGCCAAAUUGUAUCCAGUGCCAAACACAACUCUCUCACUUAUAAUUGCAGAUCGGGCUUGUAGUCAGUAUAGACCGAAAAGGACGUAUGAAGCAGAACCGAAGAAAAUGGAAAAGUGUGAAGUGGUCCAUUCGCAUGCCCGUCGGAGACCGGAUUCUCUCAAUGAUUGGAAAAUAGAGCUACAAAAUAAACACGUUGAUUGCAUCAAUGAAUCGCUUCCACACCAAUCCAUUUUCUUCACAAUUCUGCUUGUUAUCAUAUCGUCAUUUCGGAUAUUUUAG